CUAUUUCAACAAAUACGUCACGCCCAGAAGCCCGACACUUCUGCGCACUCGUGUCCUCAAAUACAUCUGCUAGCCUCCAAGUCUUUCCCACUUCCACAUCCUCGCUCUUCACGUCUCUACACAGUUGCAUUUCCUCUCAACAAACACUCCUGCAGCAAUGAGGUUCUCUUUCGCUUCCGCUGUAGUGGUGGCACUCGCCGCUGAAGGCGCCGUCGCCUCUACCUGGUUUGGCAAGACUGUCUACAACAAGUGGCAUGAGACCGAGCUUGAGCGAUGGCUAUCAGACAACAACGUCCCGUACCCCACGCCUGCAGACCGGAAAGAUCUGGAGAACCUGGUAAAAUCCAACUGGAAUGACAAGGUUGUCACGCCCUACAACAGCUGGGACACCAAGCAGCUACAAAACUAUCUCUCCACUAAGGGCUACGAGGCCAAGAAGGGCACCGAGAAGAACAAGGAUGGACUGGUUGCUCAAGUGAAGAGCUACUGGUCUGACACUGAGGAGUCUGUGAACAACGCUUACUCCAAUGUUCGUGACUGGAUCUUCGACAGCUGGACCGACUCGCAGCUGAAGGCCUACGCCGACAAGCAUGGCAUUCCCGUCCCUCAGCCCCGGACGCGUGAUUCACUCCUCAAGACUGUCCGCGAGAACUACCAAUCCGCAGCCAACAAAGUCGGCGAAACCGCUGCCUACCCCGGCAACUGGCUCUAUGAGACCUGGACCGAAUCCGAACUCAAGGCUUUCCUCGACGAGCGCGGCAUCCCUGUUCCUCAGCCUACCACACGCGAUAGCCUGAUUGCCUCCGUCCGCCGCAACUCUUACCUUGCCUCCAAGGACGCCUCUGCGAAAGCUAGCGUUGCUUCUGCUUCCAUCGCCUCUGCUAAAGCCAGCCUGAGCGACGCCGUCUUCGAUGCCUGGUCAGACUCCCAGAUCAAGGAAUGGGCCGACAAGAACGGCAUCAAGGUCCCACAAGGCAGCAAGCGCAACGAGCUCAUCGCUCUCGCCCGCAAGCACCGUGCCGCGUUCCUCGGUGACAACGUUGCGUCCUCCGCUAGCUCCGCCUACGGUGCUGCUACUUCCCAAGCUGGCAACUACGGUGCUCAAGCCACCGACGGCGCCGUCAGCUACUUCGACUGGAUCCGGGCUCAACUCGGUCUCCUCGGCGCUGAUGCUUCGGCUUCCUACGUCAGUGCUACCAACGCUGCGUCAAGUGCUGCUUCCACUGCCUCCGUUUCUGCGAGCAAGAGUGCCUCCAGUGCCUCCAGCGUGGCUAGCAAGAGUACUAAGAGCGCUGCUUCUUCCGGCUCCAAGGGCGCCAAGAAGGCCAGCGAUGCUGCGACCGAGAGCGCCACACAGGGCAAGAACCGAGUUGGUGAGGCUGCUCAGAAGGCGACCGACUAUAUCAAGGAGGAGUUGUAAAGGGGUGCAUUAAGCAAACCCAAGCACAUCUUAUGAUGGACUUCUCGGAUAUCUCGCUGGGGUACUAUUCCUCCCUGAGGUGAUGAGAUUAUGAUUCACGACGACGGCGUCGGCAAUGAAAGGAACUCAAAAAGGUUACUGAUUGAGAGGCAACGGGAGGGUGUGUACUAUUAGGUUUCAAAUCGGAACUAUUCCCCCUUAUGCUUUGGCCUCAUGCUUUUGGUGGUG